AUGGAGACAGUAGAUGAAUUCGAUACCAUUGAGGUGGAAUUGGAUGAGUUUUUCAAACACAAACAAGGAAGUCGAUGCAAAGAUGAGUUCCUAAAUACUGUCACAGACGAAGCGCUUGACGAAUGCACCAUACCUGAGAUAAACCUAAAUGAUUCGGAAGGAAUGUCGGAAGAUGAAGCACCACAGGAGAAGCAGAGUGAUAGUGAAGGUGACGAUGAAGACAAAUUGCAAUUUCAAUAUUCAACCCAUGAUUCGAAGGUGAAAUGGAACAAUAUGAAGCCAGUUCUUGGAGAGAGGUAUGAAUCACCACACCAACUAAAGCUUUGUUUGAAAAACUACUCUAUAAGUAGGGGUUAUCCAAUUAGGUUCAAGAAAUGUGAUAGUGUAAGGCUCGUGGCUGUAUGUGCAAGUGACCUUGAGAAAUUUCAAUGUCCCUUUGUUGUAAGGGCAUCAAGGAUGAGCACUAAAAGAUCAUUCCAAAUCAAAAAAAUGGUUGAGCAACAUACCUGUGUUAGGAAUUUCCGUAGUGUUAAUCUUAUGGAUCCCACAUGGAUAGCUAGGCAGUUUCUGAAGGAGAUGAUUAGGAAACCAAAUCUGAAAUUUAAGGAAAUGCAAGCUAUUAUUCAAAUCAGGUUCCAUUGCAAGGUUUCAUGGUCAAAAUGUUAUAGAGCAAAGUGUAGGGCAAUUUCUUUAAUAGAUGGAAAGUUGAGUGAUCACUAUGUAAAAGUUUGGGAUUAUGGACAUGAACUGAUGAGGUCUAAUCCAGGGAGUACAAUUCAAAUAUUUGUCACUGUAAACCCUGAUAACACUAUUACUUUCCAUAGAGUGUAUACAUGUUUUAAGGCUAUCAAAGAAGGAUGGAAAGUUGGUUGUCGAAGAGUUAUAGGGCUUGAUGGGAGUUUUUUGAAAGGACAAUGUAAAGGUGAGCUGCUAACUGCCAUAGGGAGGGAUGCAAAUAACCAUGUGUAUCCCAUUGCUUGGGCAGUAGUUGAAAAUGAGAACAAGCCCAACUGGCAAUGGUUCUUAGAACUAUUACAUGAUGACCUGGAAUUACAAGGAGGCUUGGAUUUGUGUGUUAUUUCUGAUCAACACAAGUUGUAUGCAAAUUUCAGAAAGGUCUUCAGUGGUAUAGAGUUCAAGAAUAUGUUUUGGACAGUUGCCAAGUCAACUGUUGAAGGAGACUUCAAAUUGAAUAUGGAGAAGAUCAGAGAAGUCAAUCCUGCUGCUUAUGAUCAUUUGAUGCAAGAAGCACGUAAAUGGGUGAAUAAUGUGUGUCCAGGACCUAUUAAGAAAAUAGAUGAGUUUUCUUUUGAUAUCAAGAGUUGGUAUGUUCAUCCUAGUGGUUUGAAUGCUUUUGAAGUGAGAAAUGGCGUCCACUCAUAUGGAGUGAACUUAGAGGGGAUGUACUACUUGGGAGAGGUGGUGGAAGAGGUGGUAGAAGAGGUGGAAGAGGUGGUGGAAGAUGGUCUACCAGUGUUGAAAGAACCUGGGAUUGAGACUCAAUUUGUCACCCAAACAACACCUAAUGUUGAAAGUCAAUUUGUCAUCCAAACAGCACCUACUGUUGACAGUGAACAUGUACCAGAAACACAGGAAGCAGAUGUUAAGAUUAAUGAUGAAGGUGAUGGUCUUGAUAUUGCCAUAAACCAUGGAACUCCACAUAUUGGGACCUAG